AUGCAGGCGGCUGUGACGACGACGGCGAUGCCGUGGGCCUACCAGGCCGUCGUGAAUUACGCUCGGAUGCAGCGGGGCUGUGGUUUGCCGCCGCCGCAGCGGGCCCCAAAUCUUCUCCUCUCACGGCCCUGCGAUGGUGUUCGGCGUGCGGUAUGGCUCUUCCACCGUCCCGGCGGUGUGCUGGGGCUUGUGGUGGGCCCUCGGCUGGGCGUGCCGUACGGCGGCUCCGUGCCCCGCCAGCAGCAGCCGCUUGCAAGUUCCGCGGGGGAGCGGCGGGUGAUGCGCCACUUGCGCUUGCUCCCGUUUCCGGCGGCGGGCGCAGGACUGCUGUGUCGUCCCAUCGUCGUUCAUACGAACCACCUCAUCGGCUGGUGCCUCGACGGCGGCGACGCCGCACCUCUAUACGCGCACAGCGUAGACCAACUCGCACGCCUGCAACCACGGCGGCUAACGACGCUGUCGCCCGACAAUACCCUAGUGUGCACCACUUACUACGAGUGGGACGACUGGCGAGAGGCGGCACGGGAGCCUGGCUGGUCGUGGCACUACGCUGACGAGCACGUGGCCAACGGCCUCGUGAGCGGUCAACUCUCUCCCGACGACCUCUGCUUCCUUGCGCCCGCCGGGCCAUAG